AUGGUGAAACGAAAAGUCGCCGCGCUCGAGAAGAUCGAUGCUGACUUCGCGAGUCUUCAGUACAAAAUCCGGCGAGACCCAAAAUCUUAUAAAGAUGAUUUCAUGAAGCAGUGGGAGCAAUAUGAAGCCCAGCGCGAGAUCUUCUUCAUGUCACCGACGACGGCCGCUGCCGACUCGGUCGAGUCUUUCCACAACAUGAUCGACCUGAUUGCGCACGUCGCCGACUGCUAUCCCGAAGAGACUCGCACGUUCCAGGACGAUCUGAAGGCCAUUGUCUCCCAGAACCAUGAAACGCUCCACCCUGAGCUGAGAGACAAGGUCGUCGGAAGUCUGGUGCUGCUGCGACGGAAAGAAGUAAUCGACUCAACUGCUCUGCUAACAACGCUGUUUCCGAUCCUCGUAUCCUCGCGAAGCAAGUCUAUGCGCGCGAUGCUCUUCCAGAAAAUCCUCAACGACUUGCGAAAUUCAAACUCCAAGUCUACAAAUCAUCCGCUGAACCGAACUAUUCAGGCGGUGCUCUACAACCUCAUCACAGCCGAUCGCUCUUCGCCGAGGGCUAUUUGGGCCAUUAAGUUGACGCGCGAACUGUGGAAGCGACAAAUCUGGACGGAUGCGAAGCCGGUAGAUAUCAUGAAAGAAGCUUGUUUGGCCGAUAACGAGAAAGUCAUUGUCGGCGCUGUACGAUUUUUCCUAGGUGGCGACAAGGAGCGUGAAGAGCUUGAGGACGAAAGCAGCGACGAAGAGAUUGAUUUGGCCAAAGUGAGGCAUCAAAUCACCAUCAAUAAAAAAUCAAGGAAGCAGAACCAGGCAUACAAAAAGGCAGUCGACAAGGUCAAGAGGCAGGAAAAGAAAAAGUCAAAGCCUCACCCGCUCAACUUUUCCGCCCUGCAUCUGCUGCACGACCCUCAGGACUUUGCCGAAGAGUUAUUCACAAAGCACCUGCAGGGUACUAAGAACAAGCUCUCACUGGAUACAAAGCUACUCAUCUUGCAGCUGGUCACCAGAUUAGUUGGUCUACACAAGCUUACUAUUGUGCCGCUCUACUCGUGGUUCAUCAAAUACCUUACACCCAAGCAACAGUCCGUCACUUCAAUCCUGGCAUCUCUAGCACAAGGUGUACACAACUUGGUGCCUCCUGAUGCUCUGGAGCCCCUGAUCCAAAAGAUUGCAAAUGAGUUCGUCUCAGAGGCGUCAGCCUCAGAAGUCGCUGCCGUUGGUCUGAAUGCUAUUCGUGAAGUUUGCUCCAGACAAUCUCUUGCCAUGACGGAAACACUGCUGCAGGAUUUGGUUCAGUACCGCAAGAGUAAAGAUAAGGGUGUCAUGAUGGCUGCCAAGGGUCUCUUGUCACUGUACCGAGAAGUCGGCGCAGAGAUGCUCAAGAGGAGAGACCGUGGCAAGGAAGCCACCAUGGGCUUGAGUUCUGGAGGGAUGAAGCAGCGCAAAUUCGGAGAGGAAGAAGUCGGUGGCAUCGAGGGCCUAGAUCUUCUUGCUAAGUGGAAGGAAGAGCAGCGAGAGAGGAAGCGCGCUGAAAAGGGAGAUGGAAGCGAUGUCUCUGAUGACGAGAAGGAUCCAGAAGAUGGAUUCAACUCUGACGAGUGGGAAGUUGGCUCAGAGGACAGCAGCGACUCCGGAGAAUGGAUCAAUGUCGAGCACUCCUCAGACGAAGAAGACGAACCCGCGCCCAAGAAGCGAAAAGGAGAUGGCGACGACGAAGACAAAGAAAGCGCACAAGACGCCGCCGCUGAGCUCGAACGCAUGACCAAACUCGCCACCACCACAAUCCUCACCCCCGCCGACCUCGCCAAGCUUCAAGAACUCCGCGCCGCCUCCUCCGUCCAAAAGGCCAUGGGCAGCAAAUUCCGCAAACAGCAGAACCAGAACCCAGACGGCCACGUCGACGACGGCCUCACCGCCGAGAACAUCGAGGCGCCCAUUCGCCUCCGCAAGCUGACCAAGGAGGAAAAGGUCGCGCUCGCCAAGGAGGGCAAGCCCGAUCGCGAGGAGCACAAGAGCACGACGGCCAUCCGCAAGUCCAAGAAGGAGGCUGCGGGAAAGAGCACGAGCAACAAGGAGAAGCAGCGCAAGAAGAACUUCUUGAUGACGCUGGGCAAGGCGAAGAGCAAGCAGAAGAGGAGCUUGGUCGAGACGAGGAAAGUCUUGAGAGGACAUGUGGAGAGGAGCACGAGAGGAGGAAGGAGAAGGAACGGUACAUAG